AUGGACUUGAGAUCAGUAAUUGAUUUAGUCGAGGCUCUGUAUGCUCCAAAUGACCCUUCAUCGAUUGUACUGAUCCAGAAGCAGCUUCAAGACGUCCAACGGUCAGAGAAUGGAUGGUUGAUUGCUGAUUCCCUACUUGAACAAGAGUCCAUCAAUUGUCAAUUCUUUGGUGCUCUAACUUACACAGUAAACUUAUAUCUGCAUAGGGAGAGUUUGGCGAAAAAUCAGGAUAACAUUUCAUACGAAACAGUGACCCAGAAACUGCUUUUCCACUUUAAUUCAAUUUGUAAGAACCCAAACUAUUCAAGUAAGCAACUGGUGGUCUUGAAGAAACUAAUGAGCAAUCUGGCCAUCAUCUAUAUCAAUACUUAUCAGCAAUGGGAAGAUCCUGUUAGCACUUUUAGAAUGACACUGUACAACAAUUCAGAAGCACCAAUUGGUAACGAAUUUUACGACUAUUUGACUCUACUAUUUACCACCCUAUUGUUGGAAGAGAUUCAUAGAAAACUGACCAUUGACCUCACUGAUUCAACGGAGUUUCACAAAUCUAUCCAUUCACAUCUGUACCCUCGCAUUAGUUUGUUGAUACAAAGCUUUCAAAACACUACAAACGAGACGAUAAUUAUUCAGUGGCUAUCAUUAUUGGCAGCUUUGGUUCAGUACGUAACUCAAGCUGAAAUCCAGUCAACCAUAAGAUACGGAAGUCUCGGUGAACUUUUCUCUCCUCUAUUUAACUUUGCCACUGGUAGAAGUAUAGAAAUAUCCAACAAAACCAUAGAAGUUAUCACUUUGAUUCUAGAUACAAAUCCGAGCAUCUUUCCGGCAGAGAUUAACGCUGAGUUGGAACAACUCAUAUUUGCUGGUUGGGGUGGAAAAUACUUAGAUCACAUUUUACAGGAUAAAGAUCUGAAUGAGGAUGCAAUCAACAAGUAUGCCAUGAUGAUUAAUUCUUUCAUUGAACCUCAAUUGCUAAAACUUUUACACCAGUUGGGAUCCAACACAAACGAUGCGUCCCGCAAACUUGAUUCUUUGGUAGAACUAUCAACUGUAUUGUGUAAAGAGUUCAUCUUUUUUUGGAAUCAAUUCGCCGAUAUCUACCUCGACGAAGAAGACAUUUUAAAGCAGAAGCCAGCAUGGUCGGAAACUCAAUCUAAAGUGCAAACCAUACUAUCCAAAUUAGCCGAAGUAUAUUGGAGGGACAGUCACAUAUCUGAAGACUUGGAUUUUGAUGAUGAUGAUGAAAUCCAAGAUUUCGUUUCUUACAGAAGAGACAUUGGAGAUUUUUAUGAAACAAUUUACCCAAUUCUCAAGAUGCCAUUAUUGGAGCACUUAGUGAGCAAUAUUGUAUCAAAUUUGUCAAAUGCAAAUAAUAACUCUUUGCAGACUAUUGCGGACAUAGAGUCGUCGCUAUUCCUUAUUCAGACGCUGGCUUGCAAUUUUAACGAAGAUAAUGCCACAAGCGAGAUUUAUUCCCUUCUCAAAUCUAUUUUAGAUUCUGGUUUGUUUGAAACAGUCAUUCAAAGCAAUAACAAAUUAUUAGUCAAGACCAGCAUUCAAUUUCUGACAUCGUUAGAUUUCUUUUAUUCCUCUCAAUUAGGAGAACCAUACUUGGAGUCAACUCUUAGAUUCCUCUUAUCGACUCCAAAUGAACAUCAAAUAAUUGCAUCAAAGGCCAUCUCGUCCAUCUGCAAUGAUUGUCGGAUAUCCUUGGCUCCAGUACUACCCACAUUCAAAAUACUUAUCGAUCAAAUUGUUGUCGACCCAGAAGUUAAACCUAUCAUAAGAGAGAGGAUUAUUUAUUCAUAUUCUUCCAUCGUACAAGGUAUUCGAUCUCCAUCUGACCAAGCUAAUCUCAUUCACUCUUUGUUGAAUGGGAUCAUUUCUAAGGCAAUUGAAGUACAAUCCCAACCGGAAUUCGUUGAUUAUCUCCAAUCAUUAUUAUCAUCUAUUGAGGAAAUUGGAAAGGCAAUGAGGCUUCCCUCUGAUGUGAACGACUGGUACACACCUGAAGAAAGAGAUGCCGUGUACGCUUACUGGAUUGAAGACCCCCUCCACAUUAAAAAGCAAAUCACUGAAGUAGUGAAACAGUUUAUGAUUUUGAAUCCUCUUACUUCUGAUAAUUAUAUGAUGAACGAAGUUUGUACUGGAAUUUUGAAAGCAGGUUUGACAGAAGCUAUUCCAGGUCCUUUUGUUUUUGACACCUACUCUAUCAUCGAUCUGUUGAAUGCGAAGAUUUUGCAAUGUUUUUCCAAAAAUUCAUUGAACGUUGUUCCAUUACAGUAUUCUUUACUAGAAUCCUUAAUAAAGAGCUCGUCAAUAGGUUCAAAUUUGUUGACGACCACGCUUCAGCAAUCAUGUGUGGAGUAUUUGGCUAUCAUCCAACAGGAUCCUGAUCUAGCAUUAUGUUUCCUCAACAUUUUGGUAGUGAUACUUGAGAAGAAACCAGGCAUACUAAUAAAAGGCUAUCUUUUGCAUAACAUAUUACCAUUCGUUUUGGAAUCUUUGGGUUCUAAAGAAAAAUUUGUGCUUAGAUCAGGCUGUAAGUUUUGGAUCAAACUUGUCACUCUCAGAAAGGGAGACAAAGAAGAUUCAGUUAUUAUCAGAGACAUGAUUGAGCAUACCGAACUAGGGCCGUCAUUGAUAUUCAAGUUGGUUGCUUCGUUCUUGAUGGCAUCUAGAUCUGAUUUGGAAAACUUCAUGGAACUAUUCAAGGUGAUACUUGUCAAAUAUCCUUUGAACUUCAAGAAAUGGUUUAAUCUAGCAUUUGAAACUAUCAACAAUAACCAGCUCUUGAAAAAACAGAUUCCUACCAAUGAUACCGUUAGGCUAGGUCAGCAACUGAUGUUAACUCGCGGUUCAAGAAAGGUGAAUGACUUACUGAAAAAGUUCUGGCUACAGGUAAACGAACUAAUAGAAUAUUCUUAA